AUGCCUAACGUUGAAGUUGAACCCCCGGUCGACGUUGAAGUUGAAGUUGACGUCGAAGCCGAAGUCCCCGUCGCGGAAGAUGUCGGAGAGAUGGACCUCAUGAAGGCCCUUCAAGAGGUGAUGAAAAAGGCCAUCGUGCACGACGGGCUUGUGCGCGGGCUCAACGAGUGUGCCAAGGCGCUGGAUCGCGGCCUUGCGCAGCUUUGCGUGCUGGCAUCAGACUGCGACGAGCCCGCCUACACGAGGCUCAUCGAGGCGCUGUGCAGCGCGCAUUCGGUCGCGCUCGUGCGCGUGCCGGACAAGAAGCAGCUCGGUGAGUGGGCUGGCUUGUGCAAGAUCGACGAGGAGGGCAACGCCACAAAGGUCGUCGGCUCCACUUGCGUCGUCAUCAAGGAGUUCGGAGAGAGCUCGCCCGGCUACGAGUUUUUGCUCGAGUAUAUCAAAGAGGAUAAGGGUGACGAAUAAGUGGCGGACGGAGGGUUUGGUCAUAGUUGGGGUGCGGUUUGUGAGCGGCCCUCGCUUGUACUGUACAGUUCACAAGCGGGGCGAGUGCUCCAGGGCACUUGCAAUGCGGCGAACCGCGGUUACAUGCCAAUAAACACUAUGUCUUCA